AUGUGUAAAGGAUAUCUUUUGAUGAUUUCAAUCCAACUUUUGUCACUGUCAACACUUUUCCUCGUCACAUCAGCAACAUUUUCCCUCCCAUUCGGCAAUUAUCAGAGAAAUGCAGCACCUCCUCCGCCUCCGCCGAUGUUCAAACCAAUUUCCCGUUCGGGUCCUUUGGGCAUUCAACGUCGUGAACCAGCGCCUUUGGUAUUUCCGGGCCCUCUGAGUCGCAUGAAGAUGCGUGAUAGUUUCCGUGCCGCUACUGCGGGACUUCCCAUGCGAACUUUGAUGCUUCAAUUACGCGGAAGCCCGAGUCGAGGUAUGGCGCAAUACGUCAAAGCGCCUCCAGAAUUCAAAUAUUUGAAACCAAAUUCGUUGCCAUCGUCGCCAGCUCCAACUUUGAUCGUGAAACCGCUGAAAUAUGAGUCGCCAUCGAAGCAUGUGAGACCAACGUCGGAUUAUUCGUUUGAAAAGCCACACGUUCAUACGACGAAAUUGCAAUUAAGAGUGCCUGUGGAUGCAAAUGCAGGAGCAAUUCGAACGAUUCCAGCGCCAAAUUUGUCCGUGCAGGAUAAUAAAAUUCAAUUUUUCUCGGAUCAGAAGGAAACGCCAAAAGUUCCCUUUAAAAGGCCCGCUCAAGUACAACAAUAUGAGGUCGAAGAACAAACGAACGACGUAACUUUCAAAGAUCCAUAUUCCGGAAAACACACUUUGUGGGCUCCUGAUCCAGAUCCAACUCUGCCAGGACCUCGCGUGAAGCCAAGUAACGAUCCUUUAAGUCGCCCAAGCAAUUAUCAAUCAUUGCCAGCUGAUGUUUCAGCACAACUUGCUCAAGCCCAACAAUACAUCGCAAGUCCCGCCCAACAUCAAUCCAUCGUCGCUGCUGCUCCUUACGCUUACGUUCAAAGUCAAACUCCUUACGAUUAUCACUCGUACGCUUACACUUACGUGCCUAUGCAACAAGCAGCAUCGACCCAUACCGCGAAUUAUCAACCCACAAUGCUUCAGGGAAUGGCGCCUUACAAUCCCUCGUAUCUCGUGUCGCAAUCCAAUCAACUUUUCAACCAACAUCAGCAAAAUCUGAACUUGUACAAGCAACAAGAACCGAAUUAUAUCCAAGAAUUUGCGCAAAAUUCGUUGACUUAUAAUCCGUAUGCCGCAAAAUUACAACAACAACAACCUCAGUACAACGCUUAUGACGUCGCUGCGGCGCAACUUCAGCAAAUUCAGGCGUUACAAGCAGCGGCAACUCAACUCCAAUAUCAGGAUCAAACGCAAGCUGUUCCAUACAAUCCUCAUUAUCCAACCAAUGAAAAUGUCGCAGAAUCACAAAAUGCUCAUGCCUAUACCCAAUUAAUUGAAGCCCAAGACUACAAUCCGUACGCUACAAGUACUCAACCUCCUCUUUCGGCGAAGGAUUUGGCUUCAAUCUUCAAAUAUGGCACGUUAGCUCAAAGUUCAGAGGAGUCUAAUGAACAAUUAAACGAUGGAAGUUACGCGAAUACGGCUUAUUACAAUCAAUAUACGCAACAAACGCAAGAUAACUUCCAACCAUCGCACGGAAAUACGGAAAUUCUUCAACCACAAGAGACGCUGACACCCCAAAGUGCCUUCGAGCAACAUCAACAAGCACUUGCCGCGCAAUUAAGUAAUGCGCAUCAAGGACAAAAUUAUCCAUCGCAUGGUUCUUUGAGGAUUUAUGUGCCUGAUGAGGCCCAAUCAAAAAGCGACGAAAACAUCGAUCCCGAACCAACAGCGUCAGAAACUGAAAUUCAAAAACAAAAAAUCGAAGAAAUUUCCGCAGACGAUCGUCUCGACAACAACUACUACGACGGCGAAUACGAAUAUGAAAACGAAGAAGACGUUCCAGCAACAGAUGACACAAAGAAAAACGCAUCGACAGGCACCGCAUCAACGUUAACGAAUCAUCAAAUGGAAUCCAAAGAGAAAUAA